AUGGCAGCACCUACUGUAAAAUUGAACAACGGAAGGGAAAUACCUGUGUUCGGAUUAGGAACGUGGAAGUCGAAACCUGGCGAGGUGACUCAAGCGGUAAAAGACGCCAUCGACGCCGGUUAUCGGCACAUCGAUUGCGCCCAUUAUUACGAAAAUGAGGCCGAAGUCGGCGUUGCCAUUAGAGAUAAAAUCUCCAGCGGCGUGGUCAAGCGAGAAGAUUUGUUCGUCACCAGCAAACUGUGGAGCACCUUCCUGCGACCCGAUCUGGUCGAAGGCAGCCUGAGAACGUCCUUGAAGAACUUGGGCCUGGAGUAUUUGGACUUGUAUUUGAUCCACUGGCCUUGCGCUUUGAAGGAAGGAGGAGCGUUUUUGCCCAAACGUCCCGAUCAUGAAGUUUUAUCCAUCUUCAGCGACGUCGAUUACGUAGACACUUGGAAGGCGAUGGAAGACGUAGCGAAAAAAGGCUUAGCCAAAUCGAUCGGUGUAUCCAAUUUCAGCAAAAGACAAUUAGAAAGGAUCCUAGAAAUCGCCACCAUAAAGCCAGUCAACAACCAGAUAGAGUGCCAUCCUUACUUGAACCAGAAGAAGCUGAUAGCCUUCUGUAAAUCCAAAAACAUCGCAGUGACUGCCUACAGUCCGCUAGGUUCGCCUGACAGGCCGUGGGCCAAACCAGGCGAUCCCAUCCUAACUGAGGACCCCAAAAUCAAACAAAUCGCCGCCAAGUACAAGAAAUCCAGCGCCCAAGUCAUCCUCAGAUACUUGCUGCAAAAUGGUGUCAUUCCCAUUCCCAAGUCCGUUAACAAGGAUAGAAUCAAGCAGAACAUAAACAUCUUCGAUUUCGAUUUGUCCACUGAAGAUGUCGCCACGAUGGAUACCUUCGAUUGUAACGGAAGAGUUUGUUGGUUUGUUGAGGCCGUUGGACACCCUCACUAUCCUUUCAACGACGAGUACUAA